UCGUUCCGGAAGGAAAAUUUCCGGGUUAUUUUGAGCACCAUAAGUAGAUAGCUUCAAAGUGCUCAAUAAGAAAUGAUGGAAACCACGGUUACAGCUAGCUAGAAUUAAUGCUGUUUGACACCACUUUAACUGCCACGGCUCCAUGCUAUGCAAUGGUCCGUAAUGGCAAAAAUGGGGGGCUCCAUCUGAAACAGAUCUCAUAUUACAAACUAACAGGUGGAUAUCAUCCCACAACAUUAGCAAGUGAAAGGAGUGGAAUAAGGAGAGCUGCCAAAAAGUUUGUCUUCAAAGAUAAUAAGCUAUUCUAUGUGGGAAAAAACAAGGGGCAAAUGCGCUUGGUAAUUCUUUCCAAUGAAGAAAAGCGAAAUGUUUUAGAAAAUUGUCAUGAAAACCAUGAAGGUGGACAUCAUGGCAUAUCAAGGACACUGACACUGGUGGAAUCUCAGUAUUAUUGGACCUCCAUAACCAGCGAUGUUAAACAGUGGGUAUCUGCUUGUCAACACUGCCUGUUAGCAAGGAAUACAGCUAUUACAGCCUCCAAAUUUCCCACUGUUAAGGCAAAGGAUCCUUGGACCAUACUUAUUGUAGACCUAUUGGGGCCUUUUAAAGUCACCAGUAAAAAUAAUAUGUAUGUCAUCCUUCUGACAGAUGUCUUCACCAAAUGGGCUGUGGCUUUACCACUGUUUGAGCUUUCAUCAGCUGAAGUGGCCAAGGCAAUUGUCAGUGUAUCAUUCUGUUAUGGCCCACCUCAGAAGAUUGCUAUAGAUCAGAGAAAAGAGUUUAUUCAGCAGAUCAACUGUGAGCUGUUUGACCUCCUUGGGACAAAGGAAUUAUUAAUGUCAUAUCCUCAAACUGACUGUAAAAAUGAAAUUGGCAAAACUAUCAGAUCUUUCCUUCUGAGAUACUGUACAGAGAACAGCAAAGAUUGGGAUGACCACUUGCAAGCUAUUGCUUAUGCAUUCAACUUGAUUCCUUCAGAAGAUAACCAGAGCACACCAUAUUUUGAAAUGUUUAAACGGAACCCAUGUAUGCCUUUCAGCGAGAUUCAGGAAGGAAGGAAUGACUGUAUGUUUGACAGAAUUGUUACUGCUAUAAAACAAGUCCAGAAAACAGUGCAGGAAAUUACAGCUACUAAUUGCCUGGAUCUGAAGAAAAUGCACGUAGAAGAGCAGAAAGUGAACAAGGGCUCUGUUAGGAAGAAGCCAAAGCAUCUAAACCCACCUCUUAAAGUGGGCCAUGAAGUUUUUAGACAGAGGAAAAACUGGUGGAAAGAUGGCCGUUUUCAGUCUGAAUGUGUUGGCCCUUGUAUUAUAGACUGCAUCACUGACAAUGGCUGUGCAAUAUUAAGAAAUGCUGCAGGCUCAAAGUUGAAAAGACCUAUUAAAAUAUCUCACCUGAAACCAUAUAUAAGAGGAUCACACAAACAAGAUAACAGUCCAGUUUGGCCAAGCACAGUAGUGGCCGACUAUGAUUAUGCUGGUUCAGCCAAAGCAGCCACAGAGCAGGGCAGUUGCAUACUCCCCCAAAGGACUUCCUCCUCUUGUUCCUGAUGAUGCCUUGCUGGACAAGGACCUCCUAUUAUCAGGAUGUGAACAUGAUGCACAGCCAGAAUGUACAAAGCCAGAUUCCACUGAAUCAGCUACUGUGAACUCAGAUCAUUGGUCUACAACUUACUGGACUAUCCAAAAUAAGUCUAGGGCUAUUUGAAUUAAGUACAGUAAGAUUUGAUUACCGCACAUGUACAAAAUAACUUAAUACACUCCUUGUUACAUUUGCCAAGAACUAAAUGUUGUACACUUCUAGAUUGGGCUAGAUGACUACCCAUAAUAAAGGCUGUGUUUGCAUGUUAUGGAGCUUCCUUCCUCUCUCUCCCUUCAGACUUAGUAUUCACAAUUUCAUUUUUACUAACACUGGAUGAGUUAUAUCCAGUUAUAUUUCAACCAGGACAAUGGUCCCAUUGUUAACUAUUUUUAACAACAACAAGCAAUUAUUCAUGAUUCUGGCUCUAAACAAGGUUCAGGAAAAUGUCUCUUCCCCCAUUCCCCUUUCUCUAGUUAAGGACCUCAUUCCCUCAGUAAUAAUUUCAAUCUGAAAAUACCAAAACUAUACAUCCUUGACACCUAAAAGUAAUAUAAAUCAAGUUCCUGUUACAUCUCAAGCAUUCACCAUUAAAAGAAUAUGCAAAACCUCA